AUGACAUUAUGGACGUACUUAAAGUCGGACUUGGAGUUAUUAUUGUGUUCAAUCUUGAAUCCAAAUCCACCUGGUGUGUUGAUCCAUGACGUGAUUUGUAGACGCCAUGACACUUUCCUCCAAACUGUCAGUUUGUUGUCUCGACGAGGCGGGUGAAAUAAUGGAAGACUAUGAAAAGUUCAUACAACGCCGACUUUACGAACUGAAAAGGAAGGAUAGCAACGACAACAACAAGAACCAACGCCGGACACUGGAAUCACCAUGUACUCGCCAAGGAUCAUCAGCUAUCCGUUUCCAUGGCUCACCCAUCCUUCCUCCAUUGCUCACAGGAGUGCAAAGAGAAGAGAUGCAGAGACACAGAGAGGCAGCCAAGAGGACCAUGGAUAGGAGGAAGACUCGGCCCUCUGAGACGAGGAUGUCCUACGUUCAGAACAUUCUACACAGUGUUCAGCUGAGGCAAGCACCAACACUGGAGGAGUUCUUUCAGGGUGAACCAGGACUAACGGCAGCCAACACCACCAACCUACACCACAGCAAUGUCCGCCAGGUUCUAGCGUCGGAGAAUGAUGAUGUCACCGAGACCAAGGACAGCUUGCCGGGGUCGUCCUCCCCACCAACCUUAACCGUCAUGCAUGAUGGGAAAGCAGGCGUCCGAGGUCCUCCCAUGACGUCGACAGCCUACGGCGCCUUCACAACAAAUCACCUUACAACUCUCCAUAACACCACCACUGUGAGGGAGACCUUCCUAGAUAAGCUGGUCUGUGACCCACUGACACCUUCUCUAGCUAGAGAGACAACCACACACACCAACCAGGUUGCUCCACAAACAGAGACCCGGACCAGGGAGAGACUCUUGUAUGACCAGGAUAAGACCACCAAUGCUGAGUGUGUUCUGGAGGAGGACCUGGCUUCAGGAGGAGCAACGGCGGAUCCUCUAGCUGACAUCAGCCACCAGUCUUCUGGGUACGUGACGUGUGAAAACGCGGAGGCCACCUUGGUCCUGAGUCGGACUGAGGCUGGGGAGAGCAUUUUGUCAGGGCCGGAGGAGGGGACACCAGUAGGAACGGGGGGGGUUCUCCUACACAGCACCUCGGAUACAAACACAACCAAGGCAUGUAAUAUCAUCAGCCAUCCUCCCGUUGAUGCUGAAGAUCUGGAGGAGGGGUCGUCCCCGUGUGACGAUGACCUCAUAACCGGUCGCCCCGCAGAUGAGGCGAGCGUGACGUCGUCCUGGUGUAAUGACGUCAUACCAGACUAUUUAGAGGAAGCGUUGGUGACGUGGCCUCUACAGAGCAGCGAUAUCACACCUCCUGUAGAAGACCGCAGAGCAAGUCACCCAGGAAAGAAGUGUAGCACUGCUAAUAUUGUGACUUUCCCUCAGCAUCAAGCCUCAUCAUCACUAUCAGACCGUCCUGAACCCAAGAUUGUAGUGACAUGUCCUCAGGCUGAGGCCUCGACACCGGACCUCUGCAAACCAGACCAGAACCAGAACCAGGCGUCAGACUUAGACCUGGACCGACCGGAGGGACCAUACCGGCUCAGCCUCCAGACUCUUCUAAAGAAAUCCCAGGCCGCUUUGGAACGCCCCAAACCAGGCAGGAACCAGCCAGGAUCAGAACCAAAGAGCCAGGCUGGAGAUGUAGACUUGGACCCGGAACCAGUGGCAGGGCCGUACCGCCUCAGCCUCCAGACCCUGCUGAAGAAGUCCCAGGAGCACCGGAGACGCCAGCGUCAGCUGAAGAACCAGGCCAAGGCCUCUACUUGUCCUACCAGGACCCAGGAGGCCUCAACACACCAGAAGAUGGAGGAGGAGAUGAGUUUCUCAGACAAGGAGAAUGAGGAGUUCCUCCAGUCAGGGAGAGGGGUUUCGGAGGGAAGGAAAACCCGGGACAGGGAUUUGAGAAAGGAUCAUCUGGGAAUGGGAGUCCAGUUUUCCGGACCGCCACCACUAGAGAUAUUCCCUAAGGAAGCGUGGGUUCAACGUGAGGAGGAGAAGGCGAGGUCUAGCAUUGUGGAAAGAAUGGGACUCGAAAAAGGAUGUCGUGAAGGAAUAUUGAAGGAAUUGGAGGCUGGAAAUGGCCCUUCACAUUUGGUUGGUCUAGAAGGAGACACCCAAUCUCCUCCAGGAGUGGACAUUGAUGCUAGCUCGGCAGUCGAAGACAUCCAGCUACACCUCUCACCAGACAUCCAGCUACACCUCUCACCAGACAUCCAGCUACACCUCUCACCAGACAUCCAGCUACACCUCUCACCAGACAUCCAGCUACACCUCUCACCAGACGUCACAGCAGCACCGUCAACGCUAAUGGAGAACCUUCCACAUCCUAUCUCAGCCGAUGCCUCCAUAACCCAGAAAUCAUUCUACCUAGUCAGGGAGAAGAGCUCUACCCUGCCGAGGCCUUCCUCUCUGGGGGGUAGUAGGUUCCAGACCGUCCCUACCCCCCAGUUUAGUAUGAGCCCUAUCCGCUGUAAGAGUAAAGGAGACAGUGGGGGAGGAGGGCGUGGCACCCCCAAGAGGCAGAUCCUGGUAAACACACCUUUGAAUGUAGACAAUGAGGUGGGGUCGGUGACUGGGCAGGAAAAUGAUGCUUGGGACCAAAGGCAUCUGCAUAGAGCACCCCUAGUGGCUGGGGGUGGUAUAUCACAAGGCUUUACUGCUCCUACAACUCCCCUAGUGGCUGGGGAUGGUACAACACCUAUGCGUAGGAGCUCAGACCAGGCAGAACAGAUAGCUCAGCUGGAGCUCAACCUGUCCAGCCUCAAAAUACUGAUCUCAGACCUGGAGUCCACACUAACAGAGACACCAGAGAGCCACCAGACACACAACAACAGCCAGACUGAUAAUAAUAGUAACCUUACCAUGGACCCGCCACAUAAAUACAUGGACUACCAUACACCUGAGAGUCAGGCAGAGAGUAACCUUACUGACAGUGAGAAAGGAAGAGGGGAUGGAGGUCAGAGGUCAGCUUAUAAGAUGACGGUGGUCCCCUGUAGAGUCCAGGGGUGUGACAGCGUACCUCCAUUGGUCAAGGAGGUGGAGAUCACUGUUACAACAGGUUACAAAAAACAAGAUGGUCGCCAGCAGCAGCCUCUUGCAGCGCGCCUCGUCACCUCCCUCACUCAGAAGAGGAGAGUUUCUGACGUGUUCCGGAAGGUUCCAUAUGAUGUCAUCAAGGUUCCGUCGGAAGUCAUCAAGGUUCCGUCGGAAGUCAUCAAGGUUCGGAAUGACGUCGUCAAGAUUCCAGCAUCACACAAAACACCUUUCUCCGUCCUCUCAGACGCUAGUAACAACCAGCACCAGCCAAUGGAGUGGAAGAGUUACCCGGAAGACCCCGCCCACUUCCAAUCCAUCAACCAAUCGUAUGACGUGGACACGCCCUCAGGGCUCUGGCUCCAGGGAGGGUCAGGGUCAGAGGGGUCGUUGAAAGGUCAUGACCCCGCGGGGAAGCAGCUGACCCCUGAGAACGGAGGUGGUGGUCAGGGAGGGGCGUCAAGGGCCAAACGUAGACUGGUCAUGCACACGACAGAGGGGAACAGGGGAGGAGGACGAAGAGAGGUGAUGGACAGGCCUCACUCCAGUACUCCUGAAGCUGCGGUGCGGUCACACAGUCAGGAGAGCCAGCAGCUGAAGCAGCUCCAGCUGACCCAUGCAGGCCAGGUCAGAGCCCUGAAGGAGGAGCAGAGGAGACAGCAGCAACAACUACUGCAGAUGCUGGCCGUACGUUACCAGCUGCUCCAGAGUUUGUCCUUCCCUGUGUCCUCCUGCCCCACAUCCAGUGCAUGUCUAGGGGACAACACAACCUCCCUCCUCCCCCUCUCUUCCAUCCCCCUCUCCAUCCCUCUAUUCUCCCCCUCAGCAGGAUCCCUCCUUUCAGACCCAGACUCCCCCUCACGGUCUCCCAGGUGUCUGUCUGUGUGUUACGGUCCCCUGGUGGCAGCAGCAGUGAAGGGAUACCUAACCAGGAGGCUCCUACACACAGAGCGAGUGGGACAGCUGCUAUGUACCAUCAAGGACACGCAGCAGUUCCUACAGUCCUUCCAGCCCCAUAGCCCUGGGAGAGACAGCAGGCAAGACCUGGUGCUGCAGGAGAGAGUCACACUGCAGCUCCGCUCGGCGCGUUAUGAGGUCCAGGACAUCUUCUGUCUGUCAGCAGGAGACAGGAUGCAGAUCAUCAGCUGGGACAGACAGCUGGCCAGGGACAGAGAGAUGAAACGCAAGAUUGGGGAAACGGGGUCGACCAGGGGGAAGACUUCUCUGUCAGCUGCUACACAGAAAGCCCUGGAGAGGAAGAGAGGAGUCAUGAUGAGGAAAGCGGCAGAGGGGCAGAGGGGGACUGGAGCUGGGGUUGUAGCUGGCCAGAAGGGCCCUCUGGCUGGGGCAGAGAGGCAGAGGGGGACUGGAGCUGGGGUUGUAGCUGGCCAGAAGGGCCCUCUGGCUGGGGCAGAGGGGACUGGAGCUGGGGUUGUAGCUGGUCAGAAGGGCCCUCUGGCUGGGGCAGAGGGGAACAUCGUGAAGCGGAUGCGUGGGUCUUUUCGACCCAACCCUCAAAGGGUCCCCAAGACCACCCAGUCCCGCAGAUCUCGGUGAAGAUGGUCUACUAAUCAGGCUAGACUGGACCGGAACUGGGUGUUGUAGCAAAACGUUUUGCACAGGAGAACGAAAACGAGUGUUUCUUAUUGGACAAGUUCAGGGUCAUAUUCAUUAGUGGAAGUGUUUUGGAAAACAAGCGUUUCUUAUUGGACAAGUUCAGGUAGUCCCUCCCUUGACCCAGGUAAUGAAUACUGUUGAUACCUAAAAAGAUAUACACACACAAUCCAUCUCACUUAACCCUAAAACAAUACGCCCCUAUGGGCCCUGGUCAAAAGUAGUGCACUACAAAGGGUUGCCAUUUGGGACGCUUCCAUAGUGUUUCUUGCUAAGCAGUGGACAUCUAGAAAGUAUUGUAUUUUAACUUGAUUGUAUUCUACAAAGGCACAACUCACUGCAUUCAAAUGCAUCUUAGCUACUACAUACUGUAUGUGACAAUCUAUUCUUACCACAAGACCUCAGGACUUGUUUUUGGGACACACUGUUUGUAAUAUGUUAGUUUUACACAUGUUAUACUAUUUAUAUUUCCUAUACCAAUUUGUGGUAUACGGUAUUGGGAUGGCAAUGCAACCAAAGCCUAGAAAACCCAAGUCUAUAUUUGAAGGUCUGUUCUGAGUGUUCAUCUUUCCUACUGUUUUUGUUCUAAAUUAUUUAGAAGUGUUUUUUAAUAAAGUUUUUUUUUU